AUGUCUGAAGCCAAGUUUAGAAAGAACGAUUUAUAUGUAUACGAUUUAUCAGGGGAAGUCAGAACUUCACUACAUUUGAUGUCUUUCGAUCAAAAUCUAAAUGAAUGUGACGCCGUUGCAGUGGAACCGAGCAUUUUAGACGCCAUUCCAAUUGAAAGUAAGAUAGUUAAAGUUGAUCAAAGUGCCAAUAAGUUCCAUUGUAAUGCCUGUAAUCUGGAUUUCGAAAAUCAAUUGAUUCAAAGAAAGCACUAUCAAGCGGAGUUCCAUACAUUAAAUAUAAAAAGGUCUCUAAGAAAUCUACCACCUAUCACUUACGAUGAAUAUGAUACCUCUCAGAAAAAAUAUGAUCCUCAAGAGGAAACUUCCUUGACUGAUAUCAAGGAAACUAGUGAGGAAAGUUCAGAUGAUGGUUCAGAUAGCACUGAAAGCGAAACUGAUGAAGAAUUUGAAAAUGAGUUCAAUGAAAAGAUCAACAUAUUUGACGAUUUAUCUUCGAGCAAGACCGUUAGUCAUUUAAGUACAAAAUCUUCGCAAAUAUACUACAAAUCAAAUCUUUUAGCAGAUACAGAAGCGUUUGGAAUUUACAAGAACAUAUUCAGCCUGAAGCAGUUGGAUCAUCCAACAUCGGCAAUUAAUAGCUGGAAUGAAGAUCUUGAAUAUUCAAGUAAUGCGAUAUCCGCUCUAUUCAUGAUUGGAGGUGGCCAUUUUGCUGGGGCAAUAGUAUCCCAUCAACGAAUGAAAAUAGGUAGUAACUUCAAUAGAGGUAAAAAUUCAAAAGACUCUUUGCAAGAACAUGCAGUGAUAUUUUUAGAGCAUAAAACCUUCCAUAGAUAUACUACAAGAAGGAAACAGGGUGGCUCCCAAUCUGCAAUGGAUAAUGCAAAAGGUAAAGCCAAUUCUGCAGGGUCCACACUACGUAGAUAUAACGAAGCUGCAUUGAAAACAGAUGUACAAAGUCUAUUGAAGGAAUGGCAACCAUAUUUGGAGAAAUGUGAAAACAUUUAUAUUAGGGCAAGAAAUGCCAAUGAUAGGAGACUAUUCAUUGAAGAACCUUCAACACUUGAUAAGCAUGAUGCAAGAAUCAAAUCUUUUCCAUUCACCACAAAUAGGCCAACAAUACAUGAGUUGAAGAAAGCAUGGUGUGAACUAACAUACCUUAAGACAGUGCCCAAGCCAAAGCCAGAACCUGUCAAGAAAACCGAAGUUAAGAAAGAAGUAUCGAAAACUGAAGCUCCAAAACAGGAUAGGGCACUUCAAGAAUUAUCUCCUGAAGAAAAACAUACAGAAGAGUUAGUUUCUUUACUAAAGAAAGGCAGGGCGCCGUUACUAAUUGCAUAUCUACGCAAAUCCAAAGUCGAUGUUAAUGUCAAGCUAGAACCGGAAUCGAAAUACAUGUACACUCCUACCAUGUUACAUUAUGCGUCACAAAAUGGUCAUAAACGAAUGAUUAACGUGUUACUUUCGAAUUUGAGGUCGGAUCCUCGUAUCAAAAAUAUCCAUGGAAGAACUGCAUAUGAUUUGAGUAAAAAUGAGACAAUAAGACAAGAGUUCCAAAUAGCCAGGUACAACUUGGGCGAACAUUUUACAAAUUGGGGUGAAUCCCAUGUGGGUGAACCAUUGAGUAGAGAAGAAGUUGGCGAGAUAAAUAAAAUGAAAGAGGAAAAUGAUAGGAAAGAAACCGAAUCUCUAAUACAAAAAGAACUAGAAGCCGCCAAAGAAAGACAGAAACUUGAAAAGGAAGCGAAGAGAGGUCCAGGCCAUAGAUUAGAUGGUGGAAAACUUGUUUCAAUAGAACAAAAUUUGAAUUCGUUGACUGAUGAACAAAGAAGGAAACUGAUGAGAGAACAACGCGCAAGGGCAGCAGAAGCCAGAUUACGUCAAAACAAGUAA